AUGAUCGGGGUUUUGUCCGUCAUCGCCCACAAGGAAGUCCGCUUCAUCUACCCCCUUCUUCCGAUCUUGCACAUCCUCGCCGCCCCCUACAUCAACGACUACUUCAUAGCUGAACCGGCGAGCUCUGCGUCGCCGACAAGUCUCAAGCGCGGCCCACUACUCGCGUUCCUCAUCCUCGCCAACAUCAUUAUCGGGGUCUACCUCUCCAUGUUCCACCAAGGCGCAACGAUCUCCGUCCUCACCUUCCUCCGCACCGAGUACGAGCGCCUGCACCCAGACCAUCUCGACUUGCACCCCGCCCACCCAAGCAGCCACUACCACACUCUCUCGUCCUCCGCGCUCUCCUCUCCGGCCUCCGACCCCGAGGCCAUCGUCAGCGCCGCCGGCGGAGGCGACGAGCUCUUCGUCCUGUUCCUCACGCCGUGCCACUCGACCCCCUGGCGCUCGCACCUCGUCUACCCCUCGCUGCGCGCGCGCGCCCUGACCUGCGAGCCGCCGCUCGGCACGCCGCCACGCAGCGCCGAGCGGCGGAACUACCGUGACGAGACGGACCGGUUCUACGCGCGCGAGGACGGGCAGGACGGGCGCUGGGGCCACGCAUUUCUAGACCGCGAGGUCUGGCCGCUGCUGACGAGCGGGGACAGCGACGACGCGCACCGGAGAGGAGGGGAGAUCCCGCGGUUCAUCGUGGGGUUCGAGGGCGUCGAGGAGAUGCUGCGUGAGUAUUUCGACGUCGAGAAGGGAGGCGGCGGCGCCGAGAUGGGCGUGACGCUGACGAGGGUGUGGGACGGGUUCAAUGGCUUGUUCAACGAGGAGGCGACUCGUCAGGGGCGGUUGGUUGUGUGGGAUACGGGUGUUUAUCCCGCUAGAAAGGAAGGGAACUGA